AGGAGGCGGCCCCGGCCGCGCCGCAGGCAGGCGGCGUGUUCUUGCCCUGGGCCUCAGGACCCGGAGGGACGGCGUGGUCGGCAUGGAGGCGGUGCCCGUGCCAGCCUCGCCGCCGCAGGCCACGCCGGCCAAGCGCCAGGUCCAGACGUUCGACAUCUCGACGCCCGAGAGGGCCGUGGCCGGGGCUCCAGGGGGCGCCGCGCACACGCCCGCCUGGUACUCCAAGUUUGCGGAGAAGGUGCAGGCGGGGGGCCGGGGCGCGGCGGAGGGCGAGGGCGAGCCGGCGGCCGGCGCCGGCGCCGCGGUGGAGGGCGCGGAGCUGGACGAGAUGGACUGAGGGGUGCCUCGCCGCGGCCGCCAAGUCUCACCAGUUGCUGCGACCACCUGCGAGCCCGUUACCCCUACGUGUGCAGUGGUCCCUGGGGGCCCCCCGGAUGCGCAGCGUGCGGCCUGCACGUCUCCGGCGCCCGCCUCGGCUCGGCCCGGGCGCCGCGCCGCGCGCCCUCUCUGCGCUCGCGCGCCGUGCUCGCGCGGAGUCCCUGCACGGAGACCUCCACGCGUGCCCCUGCCGGCUCCCUGGGGCCCCCCGAGGCUGCCGAGGCCGCCGGGGCCCGCGGCCCGCGGGAGGAGCCCGGGCCCGCCCCAGCGUGCCCGCGGCACACACGCGGCAGGUCGCGCGGCGGAGACGCUCGCGGCAGCGGCCCGUGGUGCCGCGGGCGGCCCUCCGUGUCCCUGGGCGGCACUCUGUGGCCGUGCCCCCCGGCUCCGCGUGGCGGCGGCCCCCGGGCCGCGAUCCCCACGGGUAAAUACGGCCGUCGAGCACUGCGUGUCGUGCCGACGCGGCUGCGACCCCUGCGCGGGCGUCCCAGGUCGAGAUCGCCGCCCGUGGCCCGGGCAUCGGCCAAGAGAGGGCACGACCGUGACCGUGCGGCCGGAACGCCGGCGGUCGUGGACGGCGGAGCGACCCCCGCGGCGUCCCGAGCCAGGGCCCGGGUCGCCACGGCGCGAGCCUGCGGCGUGGGGGCGCGGUCGUGGACGGCGGAGCGACCCACGCGGCGUCCGGCGCCAAGGCCCGGGUCGCCGCGGCGCGAGCCUGCCGCGUGGGGGCGUUUUCUGCGCGAGGGUGCCCCGCGCGGGGCGUUAUAUCCACGCGGUCGCGCAGCCACGGGAUCGCGCCCGGGGCUGCAGACCGCGAAGGCGUGGGCACGGACAUGGCCGCCGCUCGUGGUGCGCCCGGCGCGCUCGCCCCGCGCCGCCCUAGGCCCCUAGAACUAGCGGGCUGCCCUGCCGUGUGCGCUGCGCGCUGGGCGGUCGACACCUUCUCUGUGCACUGCCUGUGGCCUUGCCUGC